AUGCUGUUAACUACUCCUGACCAUCAGGAGAGAUCUGAGAGAAGAAACAUGCUGCUGCUUCUCUGGGAUCCAUUGCCUCCAGCAGAAGCAGUUUCUGGCAACCAAGAUCUUAUCACUGACAUCCUUCUCCGCCUUCCUGUCAAGUCUCUUCUCCGGUUCAAAUGCGUCUCCAAGCAGUGGCUCUCUCUUAUCUCCGACCCCCAGUUCAGUCGCCAUUACCACAGUCUUGCCUCUGCCGGCAUCAUAUUGUGUGGAACAACCGGGCUCAUCGAUCAUGUAUCUUGCGGCAGAAGAAACUCCGAGCCGCCCUUUACUUCUCUCGGUUUCAUUGACGACUCUGCAGGUACCAAAAUCUUGCAGUCAUGCAAUGGCUUGGUGUUGUGUUGCAGCUUUUUCGAGUUGGGAAAGAGCCGCAACUACUACAUCUGUAAUCCUUCAAGAAGGCAAUUCUUGAUGCUUCCACCACCUAGUGCCAAAGGGUGUGAUGAACCCAUAACCAUUUUUGGUGUUCAUUUAUACUUUGAUCCUUGUAAAUCACCUCACUACCAAGUUGUCUGUGUUCGAAAUUGCGCUCCCUUGUCAGCAGCAGCAAAUGAUCAUUACCAGAUUGAAAUAUACUCGUCUGAGACUCGCACUUGGAGGCUUUCCGGGCCUCCUUUCAGUGCUCCAUUCGACAUGGUCUUCGACAACGGGGUGCUUUGGAAUGGUACACUUCAUUGGAUUAGUCCAACAGGGGCAUCACUCUGUUUUGAUAUUGUCCAAGACCAAUUUGGAGAAAUGCCUAGCCUUCCAUCAAAUGAGAAAUGGAGCAAGAGAAGCUUUAGGUAUUUCGGUGAGUCUGGUGGUCAUUUUCACCUAAUCGAACUCUAUGGCUCUGGCACCACUCAAUUCCAAGUCUUCGAAAUGGCGAAAGAUUACUCUAGCUGGAUUCCCAAGUACCAAGUUGAUCUCGCCGAGAUUGUUAAUGCAUAUCCAGAGAUGGCUCGGAGCUACCCUGACUCCCAUGAUUCUCGAUUUUAUCUAUUUAGCAUCCUCUUUGUGCAAGAGAAUGAAGAGGACUCCUUAUUGUUGCUACACAUCCCUGGUAAGUUUAUAUCUUACUAUCUUAUAGAUAAGACUUUCAAGGAGCUUAGUGAUUUUGGAGCAAACUCCACCAAGGCAAAUACUUCAUUACAGAUUGGUUCCCUCCAUGCUUAUCAGUUCAUAGAGACUCUGUCUUGUGUUUGA